UAUCUCUCCCUGUCUCUCUAAUUCUAACUUUCUUAGGUAUUCAACCACUAAUAUGUUCUUUGUAGAUAGCACCACUUAAUUUCAUCAUAAAGCAUGCAACUCAUUACUCUGAAAUUUUCUCUCUCAAUUCCAACAUAUAUAGACACCCAUCAUUUUUACUUUUUUAUUUUAAUUCUGGUUUCUGUAAUCGUGUCCUAUUCAGCUAAUCAAUAUGCUUUGAAAACGCUAGUAGAACUCGUUGAUUUUUUUUUUUUUUUUUAUCAUCUUAACUGGAAUUUUGUCUGCUCCUUUCUUGUUGUAUGCAACAAGACUAUUUGACUUCUAAGGUCAAUGAUUUCUCCUCAAAUCUGAUUUAUAACAUAUCAACACAAAUCGUAGAUAACUGAGUUCUUUAAGCAAAUUAAAGGGUUUGAUUCCCUGAUUGUGUGUAUGGAGAAGAAUUUUUCAGGAGAGGUAACACCCACUGUGAGGAUAUUGCUCACAAUCAAAAUGAUAUGAUUUAUAACAGAACAUUAUGGUGGCUGUCACCCAUGUAGCUGGCCACACUUUUUUUUUUUUUUAAAGGAUUCAUUUGUUGUUGUUAUGGUUGUGAAAUUAUUUGAUAUCUAAUGCUGUACAAAACUACAUUUGGCUGUGAAAUUGUUUGAUCCCUAACAUUGUUGUUACUAAUGUUUGUGCCAAACUUCAUCUGGCAAAGGAUGGAAGUAAUUGCUCAGAUAGUAUUACAAAACUUGAACUCUUUUGCUCAAGAGGAGUUUGGAAUCAUUUGGAAUCUCAAAGAUGACGUACAGCAAAUGAAGCGCACAGUAUCUGCAAUAAAGGCUGUGCUCCUGGAUGCAGAGGGAAAGGCCAACAACCUUCAAAUCAGUAAUUGGUUGGAGGAGCUGAAAGAUGUACUUUAUGAUGCAGAUGACUUGCUCAAUGAUAUCUCCUCUGAAGCAAUGAAAAGAAAAGUGAUAGGUGCUAGAAAAAUCUUGAGAAAGAUACAGGUUUUCUUCUCCCAAGAAAACCAAAUUGUCUAUAGUUUUAAAUUAGGUCAUCAGAUGAAAGCAAUCCAGAAGAGGCUAGAUGCUAUUGCUAAAAACAAGAUUACUUUGCAAUUGACUGACCGCCCUAUGGAGACUCCAAUUGCAUAUAGGAGGCAGAGACAAACUUACUCUUUUGUGAGAGAAGAUGAUGUUAUUGGGAGAAAGGAGGAAAAGAAACUUCUUGAAAGUUAUUUGCUUGACACCAAAGUGAGUGUGAUAGACAAUGUGUCUGUAUUAGCCAUAGUUGGGUUUGGAGGACUAGGUAAGACUACCCUCGCUCAACUUGUUUUUAAUGACAAUGCUGUCCAAUGCUCUUUUGAGCAGAAAAUGUGGGUGUGUGUCUCAGAUGAAUUUGACAUCAGCAAAAUAGCCGAAAAGAUGAUUGGGAAUGAUAAGAAUAGUGAGAUUGAGCAACUACAGCAAGAUCUUAGAAACAAAGUUCGUGGAAAAAAGUUUCUACUUGUGCUGGAUGACGUGUGGAAUGAGGAUAGGGAACUGUGGCUUAAAUUCAAGAGCUUAGUCGUGGAAGGAGGUAAAGGAAGUGCCAUAAUUGUAACAACACGUAGUAGGACUGUGGCGAAAAUAGUAGCCACACAUCCACCCCUUUUCUUGAAAGGUCUUGAUUUAGAAAGAUCUUGGAAGCUAUUCUCUCGAGUGGCUUUUGAUGAGGGGAAAGAACCAAAUGAUAUGGAGUUGUUAGCCAUGGGAAGGGAUAUUGUUAAAAAAUGUGCUGGGGUUCCCCUUGCCAUAAGAACUAUUGGCAGCCUCUUGUACUCUCGAAACUUGGGUCGGAGUGAUUGGCAAUAUUUUAGUGAAGUUGAGUUUUCAAAGAUAGAUCAACACAAGGACAACAUUUUUUCAAUCCUUAAACUGAGUUAUGAUCAUCUUCCUUCAUUUUUGAAAAAGUGUUUUGCUUAUUGUUCAUUGUUUCCAAAAGAUUUUGAGUUUGACAAGAAAACACUCAUUCAGUUAUGGGUGGCUGAGGGGUUCAUUCAACCAUCACGAGACAAUAGAUGUGAAGAAGAUGUUGGUCAUGAGUACUUCAUGAAUUUGCUGUCAAUGUCACUUUUCCAAAAUGUGACUUUAGAUGAUUGUGGUGACAUUCUUACUUGUAAAAUGCAUGACCUGAUACAUGAUCUAGCACAGCUUGUUGUUGGAAAAGAAUACGCCUUUGUUGAAGGAAAAAAAGAGCACAUUGAAAACAGAACACGUUAUUUGUCCUCUUGUACUUCAUUACAUUUUUCAGAGAAAACAUCAUCAUCUUCCAACAAGUUAAGGACAUUUAUUUUGCUUGGACAGCCAGUUUAUGGAAGUCAAAAUUUGGGUCCUCCGCCAAGUCUUCAAUUUCCUUUUCUCUUAAGCAUAAAGUGCCUACGGGUGUUAACACUCUGUGGGUUGCAUUUGAUAACAAUUCCAAAUAGUAUUCGGGAGUUGAAGCAAUUGAGAUAUCUUGAUCUUUCAAUGAAUAGGUUUCUGGUAAGUCUUCCACCAGAUGUUACUAGCCUACAUAACUUGCAGACUUUAAAACUUUCUGGAUGUGGCAAACUUAAAGAAUUACCCUCAGAUAUCAACAAAAGUCUUAGGCAUCUUGAAUUGAAUGAUUGUGGGAAAUUAUGUAUGCCAUGUGGGUUGGGACAAUUGACCAAUCUUCAAACACUGACACAUUUUAUAUUGGACUCUGAAAGUAAAAACGUUGAUAUAAGUGAAUUGAGUGGGCUAAACAACCUUAGAGGGAAAUUAGUAAUCAAAUGCUUGGAUUCCCUGCGAAAAAAUGCUGCAGUGGUUGAGUCUGCAAACAUAUUACUGGAGAAGCAACAUCUUCAAGAUUUGGAAUUACGGUGGGGGCUCGGUGAGACUAAAUAUUGGGUUGGUCCUAUUGAAAUCAGACGUAAGGAAGAUGAAAACACAUGGGUGGAAAAUGAAACGACCCUGUAUAUAAAUGAUAAAUAUCAAAUGAAAGAUGAAAAGAUAUUGCAAGGCCUGCAGCCACAUCAUUCAAUAAAAAGACUAGUCAUAGAUGGAUAUCAUGGCAACAGUUUACCAGACUGGAUAGGGAACCUCUCAUCACUCUUGAGUCUUAAAAUCAGUAAUUGCUAUGGUUUGAAAUCAAUACCUGAUGGAAUUCGGAACCUAGUAUCUUUACAACGACUCUGCAUAUAUAGGUGCUCAAUGCUAGAAAGAAGAUGUGCUAGAGGACAUGGUGGAGAAUGGUCAAAAAUUGCUCAUAUCCCAGAAGUUCUUCUCCCUGCCUUUAAUCCAAUCGCCUUUAAUGCAACCGAUCUCAGGCAGCAACCACUUGUUUGUGUCAAUCACCAUUUUCUAGCAAUGGCUCCAUGGUUCAUGUUGCUUGUGGAAAAAAUGACAAUGUGGAAGCACCCAAUUGAUAGACAAAAAUUGCAAAUUGUUGCCUGCAUAAUAAAUCAGAUUUUGAUGGUAAAUGGCAGCGCAUCAUCUAUGAACAGUUUAAGAUAAAACUGUAAUCCAACAAAAGUCCAUCUCAGUGUGAUUUGAUACUGUAAAAAAAAGGCACUGUUAUAUUGAUUUACUAGUGGAAGUCCCUGAAGACUUACUGAUUUCCAUAUGGUAUGAUCUGUAGUACAAGAUCUGUAUAACAUGAGGUCCUCUCUCACGCCUCACUGAUUCAUCAGCUAGAACAAAGAAUUAAAGAAGAAAAUUGAAUAAAAAGAAAAUACAAAGAAGGUGCCUUCAAGUCUCUGCAGUCCCUUUUUGGUGUUUCCGAUGACUGGUGUUUGAAAUGUUUUUUAACUUUAUUCCUUUUUUUUAGAUCUGAAAUAAAAGACUAAAUCUGAAAUAAAAUACUAAUAACACUAAUUAAUAUAGUUUGAAACUCUUCCAUUGAGUCAACCAUGAUAGGUCCUUUUCUCCUUUUAAUCUUUUCAAAUUCAAGAACAAGACAACUUGUUAUCCCUUGGAUAACAAACAUUCAUAUUGUGAUGGUAUCAUUGCUAUGUAAUUUAUGAUUUUCAAAGAAAAUUUUCCCCUUAUCACUCAAGAUAUAUUUUUUUUUCACACUUCUUGAAAGUUAGAGUAUAAACAUUCCUAUUAUUAUUAUUAUAGACACAAACCUCUACUUUAUUCCAUAUCUUCAUCAUCAUCAUUCAACCU